AUGAAUCCGACAGAGGCGCCCGACGACGACACUGCCCUCGGCGAGUCCACCUAUGAACUCAUCAAUACAGAUGACGAGAGCCAGGAUGGACGAGCCACUGAGGCCGAGUCUACGAGCUCUUUCGACUACGCCCGAAUCGACGACGUCCACAGCCUUGCUGGCACCGAGCAAACCGAAGACAUGGCCAACCAGUCCGAUACCGACUCGGACUCGGACGACGAGGAGAACGCUGCCGAAGACCGGUCUCGCGCGUCAUCCAUUCAAUACGCCGAACAAAGCCUCCUUAGCCCCUCGUCUCGUGUUGCUACGCCCCCACUUGACAUCGAGAGAACCGUCAACGUCUCCAACCAGAAUACUCCGUUGGUCCAGUCGAUCGAGUUUGACGAAGCCCAAGGCCCCCUCCAAUUCAAGCAGGUGGCGGUCAAGCAUACCAUUCACAGUUUCACCGAGGAGAAGUCUGCAUCCAUCGCCGCUGCUCUCAGCUUCCCGGACAGAAGCAAGCGCCUCUUUGCGGCGGUUCGCCAAACCAUGGCCUCUGACUUCUUGGCCACCAAGGAGCCGCUUCGGAUCAUGUAUACUGGUAGUCAUGGGGCGAAACACGACAUCAUUUAUAAGAUCUCGUCAGCCUUCACUGCGUCUGCUUCCACGGACGAGUGUGGCAUUACCGAGGACGACGGCAUCUACAAUGUCGUGCCCAUCUCAUCCCGCGCUUCCGCAAAGGUUCCCGAGGUUGAGCUGAUGAAGACCUCGCAGUACCAGAUCAAGGUCGAGAAUUGUACUGCAGCCAGGGCGAUCGUCUACCGAGGAGAACACUUCCCCGGCGAAACUGUCUACUCCAUCACCAUUGACGGCGACCGGACGUUCCAGUCGGCGUUUGCUCCCAGCGGUUCCAUCAUUGAGCCAGCUUGGUCCCUGCCCCAUGUGGCCAUUUUCUACGUCACGGAGAACGACGAUGAGACCGCCCAAAAGACCCGUGUCGCUGCUUGGCAGUUUAUGCAACGUCACGCUGUGCCUUGCAUUUUCAUCUCCAACGCCGAGCUUUUCUACCAACCCACUGCCAGCUGGAACGACAUGAUCGACCAGCACGCUAUUCACCUCUGUGUGGAAUCCUCCGACCGUGCCUCGCCUUCUGUUAGGUUGCCGAUCGACCUGACGACCUUCCUCAACAUCGACGCUCGCCAGAUGAACCGCAACUUGGCCUAUCUCACCGGUCUCUACGACGCAGCAGACGAGUCGGCGAAGCGUGGCGACGCCGACCUCUGCGUACAAGCGAUGAAGACGCUGCGGAAUAUCCGACAGUGCGCCAUCGAUGCCACGUACGAUUUCGAUCUGUGGAGUUUCGGCCAGACUGCGAUGCUCAGUCUCGGUGUGAUUGCAGCUGCAAUGCUUUGUAAUUAUUUGAUGGUAGGCUCACCAGCACCUGCCCUGUCGACGGUUACUUCGAUUACCUCUUCGGCCCAAGUGACAUCUACGGCCUCAGCAUCGGUCUCGACUUCAACCAUCACCAUCAAUCUGACUUCCACGACGACGAUUCGCGUACCCCAAGCGAAGACGUCCCCAAGCAACACCGCUGUGGCACCCUUCGCAGAGUUGGCAGACUUCCUUGCCGACAAAUUCCCAGAGUCCCAAAAGGCAUACGUCUGCUCGGCCGAGAAGUUUGGCCGCAACGAGAUCCUCAUCAAGAUCCCCUCUGGUACAAAGACGUCCUGGCUUGCCAAGGACUCGAUAACCAUCGACGUCCUCAAAGGCGAGAGAUCUGUUAAGACCAAGUUCUCAUCGAUCGACGAGGGCAUCCUCAUUGAGAUUCCCAAGUCGGAGGCGUACGGCGUUCUUACCAUUGCUGUCAACACAACUCGGAAGCCCAAGGUCAACGAAACAUUCCUUGUUGACUUUGGUAAAACUAAUCUCGAACGAUGUGUCGGCUACGGCAAGCUGGUUGCUGAUCAUGUCCUUGAUCUGGCAAGCAGCGCUGCACGACGAGUGGAGGAGCAGGCCAUGGGUCUCGCAAGCUUGAAAGACUCAGUCAUGUCUGAUGUGAGAGUUAUGUCUGUUCGCUUGACCACGGAAGCCGUCCACACUGCCAACGCCGUCAAGGAGUCGUGUCAGAGCCUACAGAACCUGGGAGAAUCGCGCAAUGUACAGGAUCUCAAGGACCGGAUGGGAAUCUUCCUCGCCAAGGCCCAAAUUGGCUCGAGACUCAUGGUGCUUAAGGUGCUUCAGAAGAGAGAGGAGCAUGGCACGUACCUGGACAAGGCGAAGAAGCACGUGGAAAAGUUGGUGUUGCAGGCGUCCGAGGCCAGCAAGCAACGACUGGACAAGGAGAGGAAGGAAUUGCGAGCUCGCCGAAAGAAGGAGCGCUUGGAGGCUAGAUGCCAAACUGGCACCGGCUUCUCUCGGUGGACACAGCAAUGCAAACAGCAAAGCUAG